GUAUGGGGACCGUGCGUUUCACCAUCACUAUUCUACUAACUCUCGUCCAUCAAACAGAGUCCAGCUCUGUGUUUGUGCAGAAGGGACAGGAUGUUCGUCUGGAUGUCCUGGGAAAUGUUCAACUGAAAAAAGAUAUUGAUGUGCUAUUUUGGAAGUUUAACACAACAUUCAAUGUUGCAAAGUACCCCCCAAAAGUAACCUUUGAAAGGUUCAAAGGUAGGGCUGAAAUUAGUGAGGGUAACCUCUCUCUGCUACUGAAGAACAUUCAGGAAGGAGACAGUGGAACUUAUACUGCAGUAGUGUCUGGUAACAAAAACACCAACGUUGCUACAUACUUGAUAGAAGUCCAAGCGUGGGAGGAAGUGGAUGACUACUAUGUCAAAGUCUGGAUACCUGUCGGCGGCCUCAUCGUAUUUGUAUUACUCUUCCUGAUUGGCGUUGUUCUUUGGCAAAAGAUGAAUAAAGGUGGCAAAAAGGAAAUGAUAAACACAGAGUAUGCUUCAGUCAGGAUUAAAGAUAACGGCCAAGCAGGUGGUGAAGAGCAGGUCUGUCCAGCAUCCCCCACCAUAUACAGUAUGGUGGGAGGCCACCGCCCCAAGCCUGUGAACCGCCCCACCAUGGUGGGAGACCAGCCUCCACCCGUAGACCUCCCCAUGACCUCCAUGCCUGAGAGUUUAUAUGCUGAGGUGGGGAAUAAGGAAUUGUAACAUUGUAUUAGGCUGGGAUUCAAUCCGAUUGUAUUAGAUUACCCUUUGUCAGCUAAGUAUCUUUUAAAGCCAAUGUUCCUGCAUUCGCUGAGACAGCAUUCACGAUAAAUGCUGCAUAUGUUAGCUCAAUCGGAAAUUAUCUGUAAAUGGUGCCUAGAUGACAAAGUGUGAUCGCAUUGAAUUCUUUAAAUUUAAAGGCAAUGUUCCCGUGUUCGCGGAGACUGCAUUCCCGGUAAACCUUGCAUAUGUCUGCUCAAUCAGAAAUUACCUUUACAUUUAAAUCGUACUAUAACGCAGAACUUCCGCGGUCUGGAUUGAAUCUACACCUUACUCUCAAUAGCCCUGUUUAUACCUGGUUCUAACAUGUGUCCUUUGUCCUGUUCUUAUCCACUUUCUGAUUGUGCCCACAUUUGUAGACAGGUGUAGAUGAUUAAAAGAGGCAUUGUGAUCUGAAUGUGAUCAUAUCUUCCUGCCCACCUCCGGAGGUAGUCAGGCAAUCAUUGUGUCUGGAAAAAGUGUAGACUUAUCUGUACGGUGAAACCAUUUAAAUCAUCCUUAUCCCGUCCUCUAAAUAAUAUACAGGUGGCACCAUUUACCUAUGGCAUCAAUAUGUGAAUUAAAAUUAAGAAAUAAACAUGAUAUUUUAAGUCGACAUACAUUUCUAUACAAAAUAGGUAUAGAGUUGUAAGAGAAUGAGCAGUGGAUAUACAAAUAUACAGGGUAUCUGCAGGACAGCAGCAUCCCAUCCUGCAUCCCACUGCUGGCUUGACUCUGAAGCUAAGCAGGUCCUGGUUGGUCCCUAGAUGGGAGACCAGAUGCUACUGGAAAUAAUGUUAGAGGGCAAGUAUGGGGCACAUAUCCUCUGGUCUUAAGAUUGAAUCCCAGGCAGUGAAGGGGGCAUACAUUGCUGUCUUUCAAACAGGUGUCUUGACAAUCAAUAAACAUUCCAUGGCACUUAUUGCAAGAGUAGGUGUGUUAACCCUGGUGUCCUGGCUAAAGUCUGAACUUGGGCCAUGUAAUCAUCCCCCCUCAUUGGCAUUUACUCACUUCUCCACCAUGCUAGCUAAUGUGUGGAUGAGGUGAGUUUCCCCCUUACCGAUGACUCUCUUUGCAGACUGGAAAAUAUCAUUUAUUUUGCUUAUUGCGUUUCCAUACAUAAUUUGUACAUUCAUGUUUUUAUUCGUUUACAUAUUUAUUUUAAAGUAAAAAAUGUAAAUUAUUUACAUUUUAGUAAUUUAGCAGACACUC